AUGUCACAAGAGUCGGACAAUAAUAAACGAUUGGUGGCCUUAGUGCCCAUGCCCACUGACCCUCCGUUCAACACCCGAAGAGCUUACACGAGUGAGGAUGAAGCCUGGAAGUCAUAUUUGGAGAAUCCCCUGACGGCGGCCACCAAGGCGAUGAUGAGCAUUAAUGGCGAUGAGGACAGCGCUGCCGCCCUCGGCCUGCUGUAUGACUACUACAAGGUUCCUCGAGACAAGAGGCUGCUGUCUGUGAGCAAAGCAAGUGACAACCAAGAAGAUCAGGACAAAAGAAACUGCCUUGGCACCAGCGAAGCCCAGAGCAACUUGAGUGGAGGAGAAAACCGCGUCCAGGUGCUAAAGACUGUGCCUGUGAACCUUUCCCUAAACCAAGACCACCUGGAGAAUUCCAAACGGGAGCAGUACAGCGCCAGCGUCCCCGAGAGCCCUGCCAUCAUCCCCGUGUCGGGAAUCACGGUGGUGAAAGCCGAGGAUUUCACCCCGGUCUUCAUGGCCCCGCCCGUGCACUACCCCCGGGGGGACGGGGAGGAGCAGCGUGUGGUCAUCUUUGAACAGACUCAGUACGGGGCGCCCUCCAUGGCCAGCCACGGCACCUACCUCAAGGAUGACCAGCGCAGCACCCCGGACAGCACUUACAGCGAGAGCUUCAAGGACGGGACCUCGGAGAAAUUUCGAAGUGCUUCAGUUGGAGCUGAGGAAUACAUGUAUGACCAGACAUCAAGCGGCACGUUUCAGUACACCCUGGAGGCCACCAAGUCUCUCCGCCAGAAGCAGGGGGAGGGCCCCAUGACCUACCUCAACAAGGGGCAGUUCUACGCCAUCACGCUCAGUGAGACUGGCGACAACAAAUGCUUCCGACACCCCAUCAGCAAAGUCAGGAGCGUGGUGAUGGUGGUCUUCAGUGAAGACAAGAACCGAGACGAGCAGCUGAAAUACUGGAAAUACUGGCACUCUCGGCAGCACACGGCGAAGCAGAGGGUCCUUGACAUCGCGGAUUACAAGGAGAGCUUUAAUACGAUCGGGAACAUUGAAGAGAUCGCGUACAAUGCGGUUUCCUUCACCUGGGACGUGAAUGAGGAGGCCAAGAUCUUCAUCACUGUGAAUUGCCUGAGUACAGAUUUCUCAUCCCAAAAAGGGGUGAAAGGACUUCCUUUGAUGAUUCAGAUUGAUACAUACAGUUAUAAUAAUCGUAGUAAUAAACCCAUUCAUAGAGCUUAUUGCCAGAUCAAGGUCUUCUGCGACAAAGGAGCAGAAAGAAAAAUCCGAGAUGAAGAGAGGAAGCAGAACAGGAAGAAGGGGAAAGGCCAGGCCUCCCAAACCCAGUGCAACAAUUCCUCUGAUGGAAAGUUGGCAGCCAUACCUUUACAAAAGAAGAGUGACAUCACCUACUUCAAAACUAUGCCUGAUCUACACUCACAGCCGGUCCUCUUCAUCCCCGAUGUUCACUUUGCAAACCUGCAGAGGACAGGACAGGUGUAUUAUAACACGGAUGAUGAGCGAGAAGGCAGCAGUGUCCUUGUUAAACGGAUGUUCAGGCCCAUGGAAGAGGACUUUGGCCCAACACCUUCCAAGCAGAUAAAGGAAGAAGGGAUGAAGCGAGUGCUUUUGUACGUGAGGAAGGAGACGGACGACGUGUUCGAUGCCUUGAUGUUGAAAUCUCCCACCGUGAAGGGCCUCAUGGAAGCGAUAUCUGAGAAAUAUGGGCUGCCCGUAGAGAAGAUAACGAAGCUUUACAAGAAAAGCAAAAAAGGCAUCCUGGUAAACAUGGACGACAACAUUAUUGAGCACUACUCCAAUGAGGACACCUUCAUCCUCAACAUGGAGAGCAUGGUGGAAGGUUUCAAGAUUACACUCAUGGAGAUCUGA